CAAACUUCAGCAUGGUUGCAUUAAAGCAGUUGCUGGAGAGUUCUACAUUUCCAGAAAAACAGUAGAGAAAAUAUGGUCUUCAGCUGGUGGUCAAAUGCGGGAUGGUCUACCAGUUUGUGUUCAAUGCAAAAGGAAAGGGAACUCUGGCAGAAAAGAAGUGCCUGUUGACAUUCCAAAGAUGUUGGCAGUUCCAUUUCAUAGGCGCAAGAACAUACGUGCCCUUGGCUAUGCAAUGGAAGUAUCCAAAUCAACUGUCCAGAGAUGGUUAAAAAGGAAGACCAUAAGGAGACAUUCUAAUGCAAUCAAGCCAUAUUUGUCAGACCCAGCAGUGGGUAGGCCUAGGUAUGGGGCUGAUGGGGGUCUGCUGUGGGAUGGGAAAAUUGGCAUUUUCCCCUUCACCUAUCUUGCUGAAGCAAAAAGGGCUUCUAAAAAUAGGCCAACAGGAACACUUGAAGUUAAGGCAGUGCCAGUUAUAGACAGGGUGGUCAUGAAAAAUAUUUUGAUUCAAAAACUUCUGCCAGCAAUCAAGAAAAAAUGGCCAGGACCAACUAAACAUGUUAUCAUUCAGCAAGAUAAUGCCAAACCACAUGUGGAAGGAAAUAAUCCAGAGUUUCUAGCAGCUGCAGAAGAUGGAGAUUGGAACAUUGAACUGAAAUUUCAGCCACCCAAUAGCCCAGAUUUAAAUGUACUUGAUCUGGGUUUCUUUAGGUCAAUUGACAGUAUUCAAGAUCAAUCAGUCCCUAGAAACUUAAGUGAAUUGAUAAAUGCUGUAACCACAGCAUUCCAGGAUAUCCCACAUGAGAAGUUGAAUAAUGUUUUCCUAACAUUGCAAGGAGUUAUGGGUGAGGUUCUUAAGAACAGAGGUGGCAACAAUUUCAAAAUACCUCACAUUGGGAAAGCAAUGUUAGCUAGGGAAGGAAGGCUGCCAGACAAUGUAGGGGUCACCCAAGAAGUUUAUGAACAGGCAAAACAUUUUCUGGAGGAACAAAUGUGAACUUUUUUGGAAGUUCUUUUUUGUAUGUACAAUAGGGCAUGGGAAAAUUACAAUAUUCUCUUGUACUCCCAAGUCAAUGUACAAAUGUAAUCAGUGUAGCAUCUAACUUUAGGUCACCAGGCAGUUUGGUCAGG